AUGGAAGGACAUGCUGAAAAUCGCUCUGAUAAAAACGACCUACAUGGAGAAAGCCAGACGUUCUUGAACUUCAAGAAGUCCUUAUUCGUGACAACAAGAGGCUCGAUUAAAUGGGUUGGCAAUUUAGCUUUGCUAAAAGAAUUUGUGGACGACCUUCUCAGCACAGAAUCGAAAUGGCAAUCUCGGGGCGGAUAUAAACAAUAUGAAAGUCCUUCCCUCGUAAUUCGAUGGUAUACGGCUAAUAAAUCUCUCACUUUUAAUGGGUCUAAGAGCGAGGAUCUAAAGAUCAAAAUACGUGCAAUGAUUGAAGAAAAUGCCGAAGAACCUGAGGGUGAUGAGAGCGAAGUUCAGGUCAGUGACAGUGUCGAAGAUACGUUUCCAACUGAGAACAAUAUGGCG